AUGCACUUGCGCCCUUGUCAAGUAUUUAUCAACCAUCGACAUACAACCGCUACCCCCGCCGCUUGUGCUUCCAUUGUUUUGCGCUUAGUGCGCCGCAAAUACGUCUGCACCGCAGGUUUGCGUCUACUCCGUCAGUACGAUACACACGUCAGUCAUAUAUAUAUAUAUGUAUAA